AUGACAGACAAAGCCCUCAUCCGCAAGCGCUCCGACACGGAGCUGAUGCCCCCGCCGCCCCCCGCGAAACGCAUCGCGCGCCCCAAGCACGUCCUCGACGAAGACACCUACACCGAGGCCCUCUCGCAUAUCAUCGCCCGCGACUUCUUCCCGGGCCUGCUCGAGAUUGAGACGCAAAAAGAAUACCUCGAUGCGCUCGAGUCCAAAGACGAGGAGUGGAUUGAGAGCGCCGCGCGCCGGCUCAAGUCCGUCAUGACGCCCGGCCGGAGGCGGGACUUGCUCGCCACGCCGCUGAGGAAUGGGCUGCAGGGCGCGGCGGGCAGGACGCCUGUGGGAUUUGUGGGGGAUACGCCUGCUUCGAUGGCGUCGAAUGCCACGGCCGCGACGGCGGCGAAACCGGCGGUUGAUACCUCCCUGUCAUUGGCCGCCUUCCAGGCGAAAUACACCUCCGAAGACAACGAAUCCUUCUACAAGCUGCUCGACAAGCAGAACCAGAAGAAAGCAGAGAAAUACGCUUGGCUGUGGACAGGGAACAAGCUACCGUCCAAGCAACAACUCAAGCAAAAAGAAGUCGAGGCCAAGCUGCUCGCCCAACGCGGCUCCCUCGUCGACGACGGCUUCAAGCGCGACCGUCUCGCUAUCCGCGACUCCGCUGACGUCCCCGACCGCCCCGCAGCCCCUGACACCUGGAAAAUCGACAACCCGCGCAACCAGCUCAUGUUCGUCCCCGACGGCAUCGAGGAGCGUGGACUGCAAACGGUAGCCGAGCGCCAGGCCGCCGAGUCCCGCGCCCCGCCGAAGAAGAUCGUUUACGCAAACACCCGCGCGCCAUUACCCCCCACCGCGACGAUCAAAGACGCCAACAGCGGCAGCACGAGCGAUAAUAGGAGUACCCGAGCAGGGUCUCCCUCCCUCUCCGAAAUCCGCCUCGCCAUCGCCGGGCACAGACGACCCUGCGACGCCGAGUCCAGCAUCGCGCCCAGUACCACAGCAGGUGGGGAGACCCCUAGGGUGAAUGGCUACGCCUUUGUCUCCGACCGGUCGCCAUCCCCCGAACCUCGUGCUAGCAAGAAGAAGAAGAAAGACCCCCUCCCAGAAAUCGAGCUCGGCCCCGGCGAUCCCACCCCCAACCCUUUUUCGCUGCAGCCGGUGAGGAAGAGAGAGGAGCUGCAUCACCGGAUGGUGGAGAAGAUCGCUGCUUCGAGGAGGGAAGCCUCUAGGCUUGGGGUGACGGGGAAGGUGUCAGGGGUAGGGACUCCGGCGACGGUGAGGAGUAUGACGCCGGGAGGGAGAAUGGCGGCGGGGAAUUUGACGCCUGCCGCGCAGAGGUUGCUUGGGAAGGUUGUGGGAAGUACAUUCGGGGGAGGGGUGAGUCCAUUUAGCGAGAGGGUUGUUGCUACGCCGAGGACGGUCAAGAGGGCAGGAGGCUCCAAGAAAUAA